CGGCGAGAUGAGUCUGCGAGCUAUUACAUAAUAUCAAACACUAUCCUCAGGGCGCGUUUCUUUCAUACCUUCUCCAAAUCCAGUCUGGUGGUCACUUCCAAUUCAGAGUCACUUGAUGAAGAGUCGCUACUGACUCGAAUAUCGAGCACGGAGCCCUCGUCCUGUAAGCAACCGUUUCGUUGGGUGACAUGUGGGUGGUAACACUUUAGGUCAAAGCUGUACAGCAAGCACGUUCAGACAACAGCUUCACUGAUUCUACAAUCAAUAACGACAGAAGCACUGGAUAUAAAUAUCCACCUGGACCUCAUGGAUGCUGAUUUGGAAUUUUAAGAUGAUCAUCAUAAUAGUCCAAGCCCUGCUAGAAUCAUGAUAUCCACGGGACUGGACACGUUACUGGCAAAUUUGUCAGGCCUCAUAACCGCCAGGCCUCGUACAUCCCCAGGGUAUCAUCUUUGCCAUGACUUUUGGAAAAGGCAUCCCGCUGGAUAGCGCUGCGAUCAUGUCAAUAGUACUUGAAAGCAUAUUAUACGGCUUUUCUGUUCUAAUGUUUAUUGGCACCAUCUGGGCGCUGACCUACAAACGUCACAUGCGGGACGUCAAUCGCCCAAUCGCUGCUGUGGCCGUCCUGCUGUUCACAUUGAGCACUGCGCAUAUGGUCAUAGAUAUUAUUCGGACUGAAGAAGGACUGAUACAAUACCGUGACGAACUUCCAGGCAGGCCGGAUGCGUUCUUCGCAGACAUCUCCCGAGGAACCUUUGUGAUCAACAACGCAAUAGUUGUUUUGCAAACUCUACUCGGCGAUGGGGUGGUGAUUUAUCGUUGUUACGUCGUUUGGCAAACCAUCUGGGUUAUCAUCUUACCCAGCAUGCUGUGGUGCGGUGUUGCAGUGACCGGUGGAUACUCGAUCUACAGCUUUUCGCACACAACUAGCACUUCCGGACACAUCUUCAGCAAAGCGACUCAACAAUGGAUCUCGGCAUUUUCUGGCUUGACAAUUGCGACUAAUUUGUUGAGUUCAGGGUUACUGGCGUACCGCAUCUGGGAAAUCGAACGCAAUGUCGCUAACAGAUGCACUACGAAAAUCACCACGACGAGUAUACUACGGGUGCUCACGCCGAUCAUCUCUAUUGUUUUCUACAUGAUAAUCAUUCGAAUCGCAAUGGGCAAAAAUCACAAGUCGAUGACUGGCAGUGAGACGGAUCGAGGAAACUUGCGGCAUUAUCCUCUGAAGCCUCUGCAGGACCGACCAUCCACAGGCAAGGAGGUGUCUGUGGAAGGGGCAUCUUGCAGCAUGUAAUCGGAUGAUUCACGAAUAAUGACUUCACGUGAAAACUUUGAUAGUAUCAGUAGUGCGAUGUCUGUUUAGAUAACUUAUUGUAUAUAUACCG